CUGCCUACAGAGACGCGGUUUUUUGGCGGCCUGCUUAUGGGGCAGACGGCUAGCGGAUCGUUAGGAAAGAUUAGAUUAAUGAAAUGAAAAGCUUUAUUUUUCCGUUUCAAGAGGGGGUUGGCAAGAUACAGUAGUAGAGUAUUGCACGCUUGCAGUGGACCUAGCCUACGUCUUUGUUGUUGUUCAUUUGAGAUCUGCGUAGAGCCACCAAUUCAUGUUGGAUGCUUGGUAACUUUCCAAGCGCGAUGCAAAGAUCGGAUGGUCUUCUCAUGCCUCCAACGCUUGUUGUCUCAGACUACGGAGGUCACGCCCGUUCAUUCUUGAUGGAUGAGAUCCAUCAACAUCUGGAUAUGAGUCACAAACAAGCCUGCAUCAACCUGGAAAAGGCCACUCAAUUCAUCACACAAGCAUUUCAGCAUGAAGUAGGUAGAAACCAGGAGCUCUGCGUGUUGAUUGGCCGUCUGGAGGAGAGGGAGGCGGAGACUGAGAGGAGUCUGACGGAGCAUGUGCAGUCAAACCGACUGCUGACGCUGAAGAUUGAAGAACUACAGAAACUCCUAGAGGAAAAAGACAACUCACUCACACAAGCCAAUCAGACUGUGGCUCUCCUGAAGAUUGAACUAAGGGAUGUUCAAAGCCAGCAGAGUAAUCAUAGGCCAGUUCAGGAAGUAAAGGAAUGGCUGCAGGGUGGGGAGAGCCAGCUCAAGCAAAUGAAGACUCCCAGCUCUCCUCUCCAGUCAGACCAGCUGAGACCAGUUGAGGAGACACUGCUCUGGUCAGAACCGCUGAUCUCUACUAACAUCCAGAGUUCGCUGGUCUCUUCUCAGGAGCCGAGUCCACUGCUGUCAUCCGAUGAAGAAAAUCCACUGGUCCUGUCUAAUGCUAAAAGUCAGCUAGUCUUGUUUGAUGGUCAGCCGUCUCAGUUGCUGGUCUGGACCGACUCUCAGGAUCCAGUCUCGGGGAUUAAAAAGGAAGAGGGCAGUGAUAGAGAUGGAGAUUACAGGCAAUCUGUAGAGGGAACUGAUCCUAGAACAGAACAGACCAUUUCUUCAGCUGCAGACAUUAAACCUGAACUGCUGCAGGUACAAGAGAAGUCAAACAUGGCUCCAGUCCUGUGUUCCAAAACAGAUCUGUCCCCUUCAGACCAACAAGCUCUGGUCCAGUUAAGGACUGUAUCCGUGGUGCUGGUGGACUGUUGUAGAACACUGGGCCAGCAAAAGACAGACGACAGCAACAGAAAGCAGCCCAACACUCCAGAAGCAUCAUCCUCGGAGACCCCAGCAUUCCCCUCCAUGUCACAUACAGAGACAGAGAAAUCCAAAAAACACUCCUGUUCUGUGUGUGGUAGAAACUUCCACUUCCGGUCUCAGCUCAGGAAACAUCAUUAUGGCCACACAGGUAAGAGGCCACACUACUGCUCCUUGUGUGGUAGGGGAUUCACUUCACUUAGCGAUCUCAAAGCGCAUCAGCGGAUUCACACUGGAGAAAGGCCUUAUUCAUGCCCCCAGUGUGGCAAGAGUUUUGGGCAACGAGCCCAUCUGAAAGUCCAUCAGCACAUUCACACAGAAGAGAGGCCAUUCCUGUGCACUGACUGUGGUAAGAAGUUUACCUGUAAAGGAAGUCUCAAAAUACACCAGCGCACUCACACUGGAGAAAGGCCAUUCCUGUGCACUGACUGUGGUAAGAAGUUUACCUGUAAAGGAAAUCUCAAAAUACACCAGCGCACUCACACAGGAGAGAGGCCGUACCACUGUGAUCAGUGUGGCAAGAGCUUCUAUGCAGGGGACAAGCUCAAAAUACACCAGCGGAUUCACACAGGAGAGAGGCCAUUCCAGUGCACUGAUUGUGUUAAGAAGUUUACCUGUAAAGGAGAUCUCAGAAAACACUUGCGCAUUCACACAGGAGAGAGGCCAUUCUGUUGCAAUCAGUGUGGCAAGAGCUUCACUCAAGGGUGCCAUCUCAAAAAGCACCAGCGCAUUCACACAGGAGAGAGGCCAUUCUGUUGCAAUCAGUGUGGCAAGAGCUUCACUCAAGGGGAGGGUCUGAAAACACACCAGCGCAUUCACACAAGAGAGAGAGGCCGUACCGCUGCGAUCAGUGUGGCAAAAGCUUCAGAAUCUGAAAACACACCAGCACAUUCACACAGGAGAGAGGCCACAUUUUUGCACUCAGUGUGGCAAUAGAUAGAUAGAUAGAUAGAUACUUUAUUGAUCCCCAGGGGAAAUUCAAGGAAAUAGUAAUUCUACUCUUCAAUGUCUAAAAAAACACCAGUGUAAACAUUCCGGACAGAAUAUGUAGACUUGCCCUGAGAUAUUCUAUUUCAAGUUCUGUGUUCCAGUUUUUCAACAGUUAUGUUUCUCCAUGUGUGUAGUCUGAUGUUUCUAUUAAAAGAUGUGUAUGAAUGU